AUGCACGAGGAAGAUGACAGCAGCGAUGGCUUUCAGGGCCUCGACAGACUAGCGCCCGAAGAAAAACCAGCAAAAGUAGAGACAGUGGUUGAGAAAGUGCCACGCGGAGUAAGCUUGAACGUGGCACGAGAGAAGAAACCAAGGCUGGUGAUCGACCAUAUGGUCCUUGAGGACUUCAAGUCCUACGCAGGAAAACAAGUAAUCGGCAAGUUCCAUGGUAAUUUUACGAGUGUUGUUGGACCAAACGGGUCUGGAAAGUCAAACCUAAUCGAGAGCAUGCUCUUCAUAUUCGGCUUCAACGCCAGCUGGAUGAGGCUCAACAAGCUCAACCAACUCAUCCACAACUCCAGCUCAUCAACAGGCAACUCGAGGGCUGCAGUGGAGGUUCACUUCAAGAAAGUGCAGGAGCUUACCAAUGGUCAACUGGUAGAAGUGGCGGGGUCCGAUUUUUGGAUCCGAAGAACAGUCAACUCGGCAAGCAUCUCAAAAUACUUCAUCGAGGGACGAUAAAGCACACAGGCAGAAGUGAAGGAUAGGCUUAGAGCGGAAGGCAUCGACCUGGGCAACAAUCGCUUCCUGAUCCUCCAAGGAGAGGUCUAACAAAUCUCACAAAUGAAGCAGAAGUCAGGAGAUCGCGACAAGCCUGGACUGCUGGAAUAUUUGGAGGAAAUUAUCGGAUCGGCGCAAUAUAUUGAGCGAAUUGAAUAUUACUUCAAGGACAAGCUCUUCGGUAUGAUAACUGCUGAAUCUGCCGAUCUCAAGAAGAUGGAAGGUAGUAACCUCGAAAUCAUCAAUUAAUUUAGAACAAAAUAUACCCAUUACAGAGAAAGACUGAAGUAGUUCUAAGCUGUUCGCGAGAGACAGCAAGAAUUGAAGCGAAUUAUCGAUACUCUUAAGGAAUAACGGCUCCAGCUAUUCCGCUAAGGCUUCAACGUUAUUAACUCCAAGCUUAAAGAAGUCUAUCAACACCUUACCCGUGGAGGAGAUGCAUAGCUUUAGUUGAUUGACUCUUUAGAUCCCUUCAGCGAUGGAGUAAAUUUCAGCGUAAGACCUCCUAAAAAGAGUUGGAAAUAAGUGAACAAGCUAUCAGGUGGAGAGAAGACUUUAAGCUCUCUUUCCCUGAUCUUUGCGCUUCACUACUACAAGCCGACGCCUCUUUACUUCAUGGACGAAAUCGACGCAGCUUUGGACUUCAAAAACGUCGCUAUUGUUGCGGAUUACAUAAAAAAGAGAACAAAGGAUGCACAAUUCAUAAUUAUCUCACUACGUAACAAUAUGUUCGACCUGGCCGACAAGUUGGUGGGCGUUUACAAGACCAACGACAAGACAAAAGUCAUCAACUUAGAUCCUUCUCUUCUAUUGGUGAAGCAAAAUAACGAGAAUAACAUGGACAGGGCCAACAGGGUCAAAUGA